AUGGAUAAAUUUGAUCAAAGUGAUGUUAUAAUAGAUAAAAGUUCAAAUGAACUGCAGCCACAGCAGAUCAUAAUACCAAAUAAUAUACCAACUAUAUAUGCACUGUUUAUCAUGGCAGCAAUAUUUGUAACCAUCGCAACAGCACUAUCAAUCUAUUUAAUCUAUCAACAUUUAAAAUACUAUACUCAACCAGAACAUCAAAGAUAUAUAGUCAGAAUAGUAUUUAUGAUCCCUUUAUACGGAAUCUAUUCUCUUUUAUGUCUAGGUCUAUAUGAUUAUGUUGUUUAUUUUUCUUUAUUUAGAGAUUGUUAUGAAUCAUAUGCAUUAUAUAUGUUUUUUGCAUUAUGUGUUAGAUAUUGUGGAGGUGAUAAGAAUCUAAUCAUCCAUUUUAUAUCUAGUCCACCGAUGAAAUGUAUAUUUCCAUUUUCUUGUAUCCACUUUAAACCAAAUGAAAUGGGAAUUUUACAAUAUGUUAUAGUUAGACCAAUAGUAGCAUUGGUAUCUGCCAUUUUAGAGAUCAAUGGAUUAUAUGAUGAAAGUCAUUUUGCUGUUAAGCGAUUCUAUGUUUAUAGUUUUGUUUUAAAUAAUCUAUCAGUGACAGUAGCAUUAUUCAUCUUAUUAUUAUUCUAUCAAGCUACCAUUGAAGAACUGUCACCUUACAAACCAUUACUUAAAUUCACCUCUAUCAAAAUAGUUAUAUUUUUUUGUUUCUGGCAAUCAAUCAUUAUAUUCUUUUUAGAAAAAAUGAGUUGGUUACCUUCGAUUGAUGGUGAAUAUUCUAUUUCUCAAGUUUCUUAUGUUUUAAAUAACUUUUUAAUAUGUUUUGAAAUGUUUUGUGUAUCAUUUUUACAUUUAUAUGCAUUUCCAUAUGAAUUGUAUAGGGUUAGAUCAUUUAGUACAACUCCAUUGGUUCAUAAUGUACAAAUGGGAACAUUAUUUAAAAGUGUAAUUAAUUCAGUCAGUCAACGAGACAUGUUUACAGAAACAAUGAAUGCAUUCAAAGGUUCCUCAAAAUAUAAAUCUAAACCAUUACAAAUUAAUGAUAUUGAAAUGGAAAUGGGAGAAUUUAAAUCAUAUGAAGAUCAAGGAGUAAUAGAUUUAUGUGAUUUAAUGAACACAUAUAAUGAUUUAAAUAUUUAUAAUGAUAGAAAUUCAAAACCAUUAACUACGAUUAAUCAUUAUGGUAGUAAUGUUAAAAAGAAUAGAAACCCGACAACAACAACAAAUACAAGUAUAUUAGUAUCGACCAACCAUUUUAGUGAUGAAGAUUUCUUUGGACUGAUGCAUAAUGAUUAUUCAGCAUUUGAUAUGACUGAAAUUGAAGAAGAAUUGGAUUAUAGUUUAAAUUUUGAUGAAGAUGAUGAUUCUCAAGAUGUUGGCUUUACUCUUAGAAGAUAA